UUGCACUGCAACAUCCGAGGAAACCAUAGAAGAAGACAAAGUCCCCACCUCCGGCGUUUCCAUGCAUUGGCGGGCUUAGCAUUUUUCCGUGGCCGUGUCCUCGCUGCCUCUCCUCGGCUGCCGCGGGUGGACUGACUUCCGAGGACGACGACAACAACAACAAGGGCAGGCAUGAGCGCGGUUCGGUCGGGUUCGGUGGCCGGCCCGGUCCAGCAGGGACUUAAAGAGGCUCUGAUGGAGACUCUGACGGCCAUCCUGUCCCCGGUUCAAGAAGUACGCGCCGCCGCCGAGGAGCAGAUUAAAGUGCUGGAAGUGACAGAAGAAUUUGGUGUACACCUGGCGGAACUCACAGUGGACCCUCAAGGGGCGCUCGCAAUUCGUCAGUUGGCAUCGGUCAUCCUCAAGCAGUAUGUUGAAACUCACUGGUGCUCCCAAUCAGAGAAGUUCCGGCCUCCCGAAACCUCCGAGCAGGCCAAAGCUGCUAUCAGGGCGCUACUGCCUAACGGCCUGCGUGAGUCAAUUAGCAAGGUGCGUUCCAGCGUGGCGUACGCCGUGUCCGCCAUCGCCCACUGGGACUGGCCCGAAGCCUGGCCCCAGCUCUUCACCUUGCUCAUGGAGAUGCUGGUCAGCGGCGACGUCAGCGCCGUGCACGGGGCCAUGAGGGUCCUCACGGAGUUCACACGAGAAGUGACCGACACACAAAUGCCACUGGUGGCUCCCGUCAUCUUACCUGAGAUGUACAAGAUUUUCACCAUGGCUGAGGUGUAUAGUAUUCGUACCCGCUCUAGAGCCGUGGAGAUAUUCACCACUUGUGCCAACCUAAUCUGUGCUAUUGAGGAGCUUGAAAAGGGUGCAGCCAAGGCCUUGAUCUUCCCCGUGGUGCAACAGUUUACCGAAGCAUUCGUGCAGGCCCUGCAGAUGCCGGACGGACCCUCAUCUGACAGCGGCCUGAAAAUGGAAGUCCUCAAGGCAAUAACGGCGCUGGUACAGAACUUCCCCAAGCCUAUGGUGUCUUCAAUGCAGCAGAUUUUGCCUAUAGUUUGGAACACGCUGACGGAAAGUGCAGCAUUUUAUGUAAGAACAGAGGUCAACUACACAGAGGAAGUGGACGACCCAGUCGACUCAGACGGGGAAGUUCUCGGUUUCGAGAAUCUGGUCUUCAGCAUCUUUGACUUUGUGCACACGCUGAUGGAGAAGAACAAGUUCAAAAGCACGGUAAAGAAGGCGCUGCCUGAGCUCAUCUACUACAUCAUCCUCUACAUGCAGAUGACAGAGGACCAGAUCAAAGUGUGGUCGUCUAACCCUCAGCAGUUUGUGGAAGACGAGGACGACGACACUCUCUCCUAUACUGUCAGGAUCUCUGCUCAAGACCUACUGCUGGUGGUUGCUGCCGAGUUCCAGAACGAGAGUGCUGCAGCAUUGGCAGCGGCGGCCACAAGGCACCUCCAGGAGGCGGAACAGGCCAAGAACAGCGGCAAUGAACACUGGUGGAAGAUCCACGAGGCCUGCAUGCUAGCCCUCGGCUCUGUCAAAAACAUCAUCACUGAGAACGUGAAGAACGGUCGCAUCCAGUUUGACAUGCACGGCUUCCUGGCCGGCGUAGUCUUGGCUGAUCUCAACUUGGCGGCGGUGUCUCCGUUCCUCCUUGGUCGGGCACUGUGGGCGGCCAGUCGCUUCACCGCAGCCAUGUCCCCCGAGCUGAUCCAGCAGUUCCUGCAGGCCACCGUGAGCGGCCUCCAUGACAGCCAGCCGCCAUCCGUGCGUGUGUCUGCCGUCCGGGCCAUCUGGGGGUACUGUGACCAACUGAAGUUGUCAGAGAACACGCUCAUCCUCCAGCCCUUCCUGCCCAGCAUCCUGGACGGGCUGGUCCAGCUCGCGGCUCAGUUUGCUUCCGAGGUGCUGGCGCUCGUCAUGGAGACGCUGUGCAUCGUGUGCACCUUCGACCCGGCAUUUACCACUAGUGCUGAGAAUAAGAUCUGCCCCCUCACCAUUGCGGUUUUCCUCAAGUACAGCAACGAUCCUGUGGUGGCGUCACUGGCCCAGGGCAUCUUUAAGGAACUGUCCCAGAUUGAAGGCUGCCAGGGCCCCAUGCAGAUACGCCUUAUCCCCACGCUGGUCAGCAUCAUGCAGGCUCCUGCUGACAAGAUCCCAACUGGACUCUGUGCUACGGCCAUCGACACCUUGACCACGGUUGUACGCAACACCAAGCCGCCUCUGUCAGACAUGCUGGUGUGCCAGGCGUUCCCUGUGGUUGCACAGUGCACCUUACGCACAGAUGACAACGCUGUCAUGCAGAAUGGCGGCGAGUGUUUACGGGCGUACGUCUCCGUCGCCCUGGAGCAGAUUGCCCAGUGGAGGGAUGACCAGGGAAACAGCGGCCUCUGGUACGUCAUGCAGGUGGUCAACCUCCUGCUGGACCCCAGGACCUCGGAGUUCACCGCCAUCUUCGUGGGCAGGCUGGUGUCCACUCUCAUUUCCCGGGCCGGCACACAGCUCGGAGAGCAGCUAGACCAGAUCCUGCGGGGCAUCCUGAGCAAAAUGCAGCAAGCCGAGACGCUGAGUGUCAUGCAGUCUUUGAUUAUGGUGUUUGCCCACCUGGUUCACUCCCAGCUGGAUCCACUUUUGGACUUCCUUUGUAGCCUACCUGGCCCGACAGGCAAACCUGCAUUGGAGUUCGUAAUGACUGAGUGGAUGAGCAGGCAACACCUCUUCUACGGACAAUACGAGGGUAAAGUCAGCACCGUGGCUUUAUGUAAAUUGCUGCAGUACAGCCUCAAUACGGACGACAAACGUCUCCAGGACAUAAUGGUGAAGGGGGAAGAGAUCUUCAGCUCGGGGGAGGGCAUCCGCACGCGCUCCAAGUCUGCCAAAAAUCCUGAGCGCUGGACCAACAUUCCCUUGCUGGUGAAAAUCUUUAAGCUGAUCAUCAACGAGCUGUCUACUGUUGUGGAGGCAAACGCCAGCCGAGCGAACCCAGCCGACUGGAGCCAAGAUUCCAGCAGCAUGUGGGAGGAGGAUGACGACGAUGGCGAAGAGGAUGAUGACGAGGAAGAAGGACUAGCAGGGCAGCUGUUGUCUGAUCUCAUUGCAUCCAACAAAUAUGAUGAAGACUAUUACGAUGAUGAUGACGAUGAUGAUCCCGAUGCCUUAAAUGACCCCUUGGAUCAAAUUGACCUGCAGGCGUACCUGACAGACUUCCUGACUCAGUUCGCCCAGCAGCCGUGCUACAGCAUGUUCUCAGGCCACCUCAACAACAACGAGAGACAAACGCUGCAGUCCAUCGGCCUCUAGCCCCCCUCCCUUGUACUGCUGCUGCUACGGCGAUGUCGCCGUCGCCUCAUCAGAAUCAAUUUAGCGCAAAGGAAGGAGAAACCUGAGCAGAGGAAGGGGGUGGCGCGCACUUUCCCAUAAUGCCCUGCUUCUCCAUGCUCGUUAAAGGAGAUGAUGGACUCGUCUGAAGAGGCCACAGCUUGUGGUCCUGUCUUUUUAAACCAAUCUCGGACUGAACAGGACGAUCAAACGGAGGUCAAGGCUUCACGGUGGGCCAGGCGAUCCGUGACAUAUGGACUGUUUUGCCAUGUCUUCUUUAAAAACAUGAGUUAUUGUGUUUGUGUGUGAACGCCAUUGUUGGAAGUCACUUCCAACUGACACGGAGGAAGAAAAAUUCCUCUUUGGAGACGGUGGCCUUAAGCUCCACAAGCUCUUUCUUAUCAACAUGCAACAAAAUGCUCUUAGAGUCCACUUGUGUACAUUUUCAGGGGGAAGGGGGGUUGUCACUGUCGCCAUAGUGAUUUCUUGACCUUGUCUGUUUCCCAUACCAGCUGAGAAGUGGGAAUUACAACAUUUCUAAAUAAAAGUCAACAGGAAAGAUUGCGGUUAUCACUAAUAGCUGGUAGGAGUAAUCACAUUGAUUGCAAGACCAUUCUACCAUUGUCAUUGUGCUCAUGUGGAUCCAAGUGUUUGUCAAGUCCCCACUAUUACCUGGGUGGGUUGUUGACCUCCAUGCAUAUGGUGCGUUUACUGACACAUAGUUGGAACUGUUGCUCAAUGUAAGAACGUGUUUGUUUUGUUUUUUUUAGUCACUAUACAAGUUUUUUCAUGUGUGUAUAGAGCUGUGUAUUAAUUCUCCGUAAGCCAUGACUUUUCGGCUCGGCUUCAAAGCAGCAACACAGCAACAGUAUACCACCACUGCCAACCAAGUUGCAUGUCAGCUGCUGCUCAAUGGAAAAUCCAAAACCAAACAGCCAAGACCAAAGGUAGACCGACUUCAGUACUCCCAAACCACCGGACUGACUGAGCCGUUCUCCCCUGAAGAGCUCAAUACCAGCAUCAAUGCCAUCGGCCGGGACAACAUUUUCACUGAAGAGAUCAAACACUUUGGACCUCUGACACGGAAAUUGAUCCUUGACUUGAUGAACAACUGCAUGCUGACAAGAACCAUCCCAAAGAUCUAGAGAAAAAAACAGAAUCAUAGCUCUUCUCUAAACGGGUUAAAAUCCAUCCCAUGCAAAAGUUUCCGCCCAAUCUCCCUGCUGUGUCACCCAUAUAAACUCUUUGAGCGCCUGAUCCUCAACAGGCUGGCCCCAGUUGCUGAACCUGCCAUCAUUCCCCAACAAGCUGGAUUCCGACCUGGCAAAUCCACAACAAGCCAAAUUCUGAAUCUCACCCAACAUAUUGAGGAUGGGUUUCACAAUGGACUGGUAACAGGUGCCGUCUUCGUCGAUCUGUCUGCCGCGUACGACACUGUGAACCACCGCUUCCUCCUAAAAAAAGAUCCUGGAGAUGACAAAAGAUCUGGCACUCACAGACAUCGUUGGAGCCCUCUUGAAAGACCGGCGCUUCUAUGUUACUUCAAACAACAAGCAAAGUCGCUGGCGACGAUAGAAGAAAGUCCUUGAGGUAGGCCGUUCCUCUGUCGUCACCAGUGUGCUGGCUCCACUACUGUACAACAUCUAUACCAACGACCUGCCAAUGGACCAGAACACUGAACGAUUCAUCGACGCUCAAGAGAGUACGUUUAAAGCGGUAGAAGCAAGCCUCACCUCAGCCAUAGAUGAGGUGAGGUGAGGGAAACCAUCGACACGCAAACCCUGCGAAGACCCAAGUCUGCUCGCCCGUUCCAUCUCAGGAACGGGGAUGCGAACCGACCUCUUAAGAUGUAAAUGGUCUGGAACACCACUUGAGAACUGUACCAACCCUGUCUACCUUGGCGUAACCCUUGACCGCACCCUCUCCUUCAAGGAACACAUCAAAAACACCAAACUGAAAGUCAGCUCCCGAAAUAACAUCUUACAGAAACUGACAAAUUCCAAAUGGCAGCACACACACUAAGAUGUACUGCUUUGGCUCUGUGAUAUUCCUCGGCGGAGUAUGCAUGUCCUGUCUGGGAGAGAUCAACCCAUGCCAAGAAACUAGACCCAGCGCUGAACAACACCUGCCGCUUGAUCACUGGUUGCUUGAAGCCUACCAACUUGAACAACCUACAUCUCCUCGCUGGCAUUGCCCCUGCAGACGAGAGACGGGAAGUUGCCCAGCCGAGUAGAGUUCACAAAAGCUACCAGUGAUGAACGCCACCUCCUCCAUGGACGUGAACCCUCAGCCCAACGUCUGAAGUCAAGGAGAAGCUUCCUCAGCAAUGUCCAGCCCCUAACAACAUCUCGGAAAACAAACCAGACUCCAGCUAUAGACACACAGACUAGAGAAAGACCCCCCUCCUAUUGACAUGGGAAUCCCCCCUUCUGAAGACUUGCCCCCUGGGUCGGAAACACCAUGGGUCCAGUGGAAGACACUAAACCGCCUGAGAACAGGAACAGGGCGAUCAAAAGCUGCUAUGGCCAGAUGGGGCUACAGAACUGGCCCCAACCACCUGCGAAUGCGGAGAAGAGGACCAUACGAUGCAGUUGUCUGUCCUCUGCUACCCAACCAGUGCAGCUUAAAAGAUCUCGCAAAGUUCAACGACAAUACAAAAGACUGUGUAAAGAAAUGGGAAACUGUCAUAUAACCACAUGCUUCAAAGACACGAAAAGAAGAAGAAGAAGCCAUGACCUUUGUUAGGUUCAAACCCUGUUGACAUCUAUUAAACAAGACAAAAGGCAAGGAAUCAAACAGAGACAGAAUUCAAUUUGGACUCAAUUGAGGAGAGACAUGGCCACUGUACUCUCUGUACAGUCCUGCACCACGCUCUGACGAAGAAGGUUUUCGUCUUCUCUUUUAUUUAGAUGUUCAAUGUUUACGCAACAACACAUUUCUCAACAGGAAUGGGUAGUAUGUAAACAGUCCUUGUUUUCGGUCACAUUGAAGACAAAAGAAGAAGAUCCCUUGGGCUUGGGCUUGUCCUGGAUUCAGCUUAAUCAGGUUUUCGAGGACAAUGGAUGACCCCUCCCGUCUGUUUCUAUCGUACACAGCGGAAUCUUCCAAGCGUUUGGCUUGGUGCAACAGAGACAGCUUCUUGUCUGUUCAUUGAGAACUCAGAACGGAAAGUUUUUUUGAUAAUUUAAAUACAAUUUUUCUGACACCUUUAAUCCACGGUCCUAGAAGGCGCAGAAUAAUGACGCAGCCACACGGACAGUUUUAAAUCUGCGUUAAAAGUGCAGACUUCACACUACAUAACAGUCUUUAAAUGGUGUAAAUCCGGCCUGUAAAACAGACUAAAAUCAAUAUUCGCCAUGUUUGUGUUAAGUUGUCACAUGAUUUCUCAUUUUUUGUGUGUGUGUGUGAAUAUACUGUGUAUAUAUAUACACAUACACACACUAUAUUGUCAAAAAUAUUUGGCCACCUGCCUUGACUCACAUAUGAACUUGAAGUGCCAUCCCAUUCCUAACCCAUAGGGUUCAAUAUGAUGUCGGUCCACCUUUUGCAGCUAUUACAGCUUCAACUCUUCUGGGAAGGCUGUCCACAAGGUUGCGGAGUGUGUUCUAUAGGAAUUUUCCACCAUUCUUCCAAAAGCGCAUUGGUGAGGUCACACACUGAUGUUGGUCGAGAAGGCCUGGCUCUCAGUCUCCGUUCUAAUUCAUCCCAAAGGUGUUCUCUCGGGUUCAGGUCAGGACUCUGUGCAGGCCAGUCAAGUUCAUCCACACCAGACUCUGUCAUCCAUGUCUUUAUGGACCUUGCUUUGUGCACCGGUGCAGAGUCAUGUUGGAAGAGGAAGGGGUCCGCUCCAAACUGUUCCCACAAGGUUGGGAGAAUGGAAUUGUCCAAAAUGUUUUGAUAUCCUGUAGCAUUCAAAGUUCCUUUCACUGCAACUAAGGGGCCAAGCCCAACUCCUGAAAAACAACCCCACACCAUAAUUCCUGCUCCACCAAAUUUCACACUCGGCACAAUGCAGUCCGAAAUGUAGCGUUCUCCUGGCAACCUCCAAACCCAGACUGGUCCAUCAGAUUGCCAGAUGGAAAAGUGUGAUUCAUCACUCCAGAGAACGCAUCUCCACUGCUCUAGAGUCCAGGGGCUAUGUCCACUGCAUCCGACGCUUUGCAUUGGACUUGGUGAUGUAUGGCUUAGAAGCAACUGCACGGCCAUGGAAACCCUGCGUACUGUACGUGGGCUAAGUGGAAGGUCACAUGAAGUUUGGAGCUCUGUAGCAACUGACUGUGCAGAAAGUCUUUGCGGUGUGCGCUUCAGCAUCCGCUGACCCCUCUCUGUCAGUUUACGUGGUCUACCACUUGGUGGCUGAGUUGCUGUUGUUCCCAAACUCUUCCAUUGACUUUGGAAUAUUUAGGAGCGAGGAAAUUUCAUGACUGGAUUUGUUGCACAGGUGGCAUCCUAUGACAGUUCCACGCUGGAAAUCACUGAGAGCGGCCCAUUCUUUCACAAAUGUUUGUAGAAACAGUCUCCAUGCUUAAGUGCUUGAUUUUAUACACCUGUGGCCGGGCCAAGUGAUUAGGACACCUGAUUCUGAUCAUUUGGAUGGGUGGCCAAAUACUUUUGGCAGUAUAGUGUAUGGGUAUGUGCAUGCAUCCAUUACUCUAUGUAUGUGUGUGUAUGGCCAUGGAUCUGUGGAAGGUAAGCCAACACUGCCAUCAAGGGGACAACUAUGGCGGUUAAUUUGUGUCUGUAUUACGAAAGCGUUUGCUGUACACUGAAUUUAUGUAACUAAAUUGUUUACAUUUAAAUUUUUUUACAUCAAAUUAUGCUGACCAUUGCAUUGAAUAAAAAUACGUGUUUAAAAAUUCAGUGCGGAAAUCGUUAGCACGUCAUUGGCUGGUUCUUAGACAGGAUCCGAUGUUUCAGUCUUAAUUUACCGGAAGUGGGUCUUGAGUUUUAAAGCAACGAAUAUUUUUGCAAUAUUUUGUGGAUUUGCCAGUGGUCAAAUCCACAGAUUUGUUUACUUUUUACGUAAUUUUUUUUUUUUUAAAUAUUUAAAUUCAUAGGCAAAUUCAUUCAUUAUUUACUGUUACAAGCGGCCCUCUAUGAAAACAAGUUCGACAUCCCUGGUCUAGUGGGACAGGCCAAAGUUAAAACGCAGUCCUUUAUAAAUUAUUUAAUGUUUCUCUCCGGCCCGGUAGCAAAUGCUUGACGAACCGGUACCGGUCCCCGGACCGGUGGUUGGGGACCACUGUUUUAAACAACUCCAAAAUGUUUUCUUUAAAAACACUUCUUUAAGAAUACAGAUAUGUUAGCUUCCACCUGUUUGCCUUUUAGCAAUAACCGUGCAAAGUGAAGGGUUCCAUAUUAUAAAAUAUAUAGACUGAAACGACAACAAAAAACGAAGUAAUAUCUACAAAUACAUCGAUUAAAUAAACGGAGGGGGGGUUGUGGUAUGGAUGGGAUAUAAACAAAAGUAUUUUGACAUUUAGGGCAGACAAUAGAUAUAUGAUUUGUUUGAAUAUGAUGUAAUCGAUAGGAAUGUCUGAUGCUGGAUGUCAAUAAAAUAAAAUAAAAAUAGUAACACAAACAGAACCAAUACUAUUAACUACUGUAUAAUUAUAUGUGAAUAAUAUUUAAUGAAAUUAUAAAUAUACACAUCAACAGUAGUUAUGUUGUUGAUCUAAAUAUAAAACUUGUGCAUGGUUGCAAAUUAUUCAACCAUCAUUGUUUAUUUUGUAUUCAUUUGCUCAUUGUAUAAACUUACUAUACAGUAGUAUACAUUAAACCACCAAAACAAGAACAAUUUUUAAAAAAAUAAUAAUAAUAAUUAUAUAUAUAGACCAUUUUAAAUAAGUCCCAAAUGUAU